AGGAUGGUGGUGCAGAAGUCCGGGUAGUAGUUUCCCAUCCAACCGCUGAUGUCAAAUUUAAUCGUGACGGAGGAGAGAUGGGGAUUAGUGUUGUUUUGGUGUUGGAAGGAAGAGAACUUCUUGGCGGCUGCGGCGGCGAAGCUUUUUAGGGAUUCCUUGGAUUUGAAAUCGUUUCCGUUGAAUUCCAAUGUUGGGUACGAGAACCAGAGGUUGGCCCAUCUUUUGCUGAGGACGGUGGCUUUACCGAUGAAUUUUUGGGAUUUUAGACGAGACAGGAUGUCGUGGAGGAUCUCGUCGGGUAACUCCGAGAUACGAUCUAGUUCUUCGUCACGGCGGUCGGCGACAGUGGGGAUUUUACACUGUUCCAUACCGGUGCCGCCGGGGAGA